UGGCUCACCCGGAGGAGGAGGCCAAACAGGACGUCGUGUUCACCAAGAAGCCGCCCCCAAAGCAGUCGCACAAGGAACCUGGGGUGGAUACUUGCUGGUACAUGGCUGGGCUCUGUGGUCUGGUCACAUUCAUGACGUCUGCCACGAUCCGCUCUUCUGGCUUCCUGUACAUCGGCAUGAUGGAAGAGUUUCACGUCGAUCGUGGACAGGCCGCAUGGCCUAUUUGCCUGUUCGGCGCUGUGAGCAAUCUAGCCGGAAUUGUUGCUGGCCCUUUGUGCCAGAGGUUCGGACCUGUUCCAGUGAUGUACGCAGGCAGCGUCACAAUGUGGAUAGGCUUAAUCACCAGCAGCUUUUCACCUAAUAUAUCGUGGAUGACAGCUACUCUUGGCAUCCUGUUCGGUUUCGGUUCAGGAAUCGUUUUCAUGAUGCUCUUCGUUUUCAUCAACCAGUACUUUGACAAGUACAAGGGCCUCGCCCUCGGCAUCAUGUACACCGGUUCUACAAGCUCGGCUUUCGUGUUCCCUAGGCUACUCUUGUUCCUCAAAGAUACCUACAACUUUCGCAGUAGCGUUAUGAUAUUCGGUGCGAUUGUCAUGCAUGUAACGGCAAUAAGCCUUGUUCUUAAAGAACCCGUUUGGAUUCGGCGGAAGAAGCACGAAGAGAAAAUGGCCGCCCAGAAGGCCAAGGCAUUGAUAUUCACCAUCGAGAGCGGAGACAUGAAGAUUAUCGCUGAAAAGCCGUCGACCCAGAAGACAGCUCCAGACACGAGAAGCCUCCGCUACGGCCUCACGGUCUUGAAAUCUCCCAUGUUUUAUGUAAUCAUGGUGACCUAUAUAAUCUACAACUACAACUUCGAUAUUUUCAUGACAACUGUGCCAGAUUUUGCGGUUGAUCGUGGUACAUCUGUAGUAGCAGCCGUUGGUUUGGUUCCACUUUUUUCGAUCACGGACACCGUUGGUCGACUCGGGCUUCCGGUCUUGGCGGAUCGCGGGUACCUGAGGCGCAGCACGCUUGUCAUGAUGAACUAUCUGCUCAUGGGACUGUGCUUGCUGGCACUCCCGCUGGCUACAUCGUAUUUGUCGAUUCUUGCUCUCUGCCUGUGCGAAGCAACUUUUGUCGGCUGUGGAAUGACGAUGUAUCCUGCGAUAAUGGCAGAGUAUGUGGGCUUGGACAGGCUGCCCAUCAGCUACGGAAUUGUGGGAACGGUUGCUGGUCCUCUGUUCCUACUGAAACCAUCUUUUAUAGGUUACUUCAGAGACAACAUAGGCGCCUACGACUGCAUGUACACCCUUCUGGCCUCGGCACUAAUCGUACUGGCGUUCAUUUGGCUUGCGGUGGUGUGCGUGGAAAGCAAGAAAACGAGAAGCUGGAUGCUGGAUCACAAACACGCUUGUGGACGACUCCCUCGCUGCGGGUGCUAACCGCUGUCGGAUCACGGGAGAGUUGAAGACAUCUGCGCCUGCUAACGGCGUGGUGACACCGACUGACCGCGUCACAUGACAGUGUGUUUGACUGCAUUAU